ACAUGCAUGCAGUAUUUAAAGUCAUGUAAUAGGUCUGGAGUGGUGUGCAUGCUUUCGACUUUUCUAGUCUUUAUUACUACUAUAGGCAGAAAAUGGGAAGAGCCCCCUGUUGUGAAAAAGUGGGUUUGAAGAGGGGAAGAUGGACUGCAGAAGAAGAUCAAAUCCUCACCAAUUACAUUCAAGCUAAUGGCGAAGGCUCUUGGAGGUCUUUACCCAAGAAUGCAGGGUUAUUGAGGUGUGGAAAGAGUUGCAGAUUGCGAUGGAUUAACUACUUGAGAUCCGACUUGAAGAGGGGCAAUAUAUCGACCGAAGAAGAAGAAAUCAUCGUUAAAUUGCAACGCUCGUUGGGUAAUAGGUGGUCUCUGAUCUCAGGACACUUACCAGGUAGAACGGACAAUGAGAUAAAGAACUAUUGGAAUUCUCAUUUAAGCAGAAAAAUUUACAGUUUCCAACGAACAGGCACUGAUAUUACAUCGCCGACGACAGAUAUUUCCAAGUCACAAGGGGCGGCGAACAAGCGGAGAGGUGGUCGAACAAGUCAAUCAGCCAAGAAGAAUAAGAAUAAAAGCAACAUUCCGACAAAAGUUUCAAAAUCCCCGGAGCAAAUGAAAAAAACGACGUCGGAAAUGCUGCAGUGGCAAUGCCAAGUGCACCGAGUUUAGAGAACGAAACCUUAUCGAGUACAAUUCCAUGGCUGGACCUGUCCACUUUAGAACAAGUAAUUGAAACCCUAGAUAUGCCUAGUCCCCAGCCAGGCUCCGGCCAGAAAGUGGAGGCGAAUAAUGAAGGAAUGGAAAUGCUGUGCCUUGAUGACUUUAUGGUGGAUGCAAAUGGGAAUUCGAGUCCGGAUCAUAAGGAAAGAGAAGAAGGAACUAUCACUACCAGAAAGUGCAGUGACAGCGACGGAAUAUUCCUGAUUGAUAGUUUGGGACCAUCGAGUGGAGAGAAUGGAUUUGAAUGGGAUUGGGAAUGGGAGAAUGUCAUUAAUGGUGGAAAUGAGGUAUGCGGACAAGAAGAAAAUACGUAUUCUUGGCUUUGGGAUAAUAAUGAGAGUGGAGACGGAUACUGUGAUAAUGGGGUGGGUUUGAAAUGGACAUGAAUGAGAAUCACAGCGCUAUUAUUACUUGGCUCCUCUCUUGAAAGACUAGAAAA